AUGGCGGCAUCAGAGCAAGCCAGCAAAGGCCGCAUCGUCGGCGAUUUAUCAUGUCAAUCAGAUUCAUACCUCAAGACCCUCGAAACAGAAGUCAUCUCGUGCGAAAAGGCGACGAAACAUGCGCACAAAUCGAAGAAGAGCAAUGGGCAUUCUCAUUCGCAUGAUGAGUGGUUAAUCGAGUGCGCCGACUCGGUGCUGUUCCCAGAAGGCGGCGGUCAACCUUCAGAUCAUGGCACAAUCACGCCCCUCUCAGGCACAGAUCAAACCCCCAUCCCCAUCAAGAACGUUCAGCGCCAAGGUCUCCGCUGCAUAAUCUACUCCCCUAAGCCCCUAUCCCCAGGUGACAAAAUUCGUCAAGAGGUCGAUUGGAAGCGAAGAUGGGAUCACAUGCAGCAACAUACCGGCCAACAUCUCCUCUCCGCUGUGAUGCAGAACCGCCACGAUCUCAAAACGCUCGGAUGGGGAAUGGGCGCUGAUGAGAGCAUGAACUACGUUGACUUGCAGCGGAAACCGACAGAGGAAGAGAUACAGGCUAUUCAGAAUGAGUGUGCGGAGUUGAUCCGAGAGAAUCUGCCAAUAAAGGUUGAGACGCCAGAUGACGCAAAGCAUGAUAAGCUCCCUGGUGAUUACGACAAGUCCGAUGGCGUUGUACGCGUUAUACACAUUGGAGACCUUGAUACAAACACGUGCUGCGGAACUCACCUCUCCCAAACAUCUCACAUCUCCCUCAUCAUCCUCGGCUCAACACAAUCAGUCCAUGGCAAGAACUGCCGUCUAUCCUUCAUAACCGGUGAUCGCGCCAUUAAGCUCGCAACAUCCUCCGUCAGUGCCAUCAGCACCAUCGCAAAGCUCCUUUCAUCCAGCAACGUCCCCAGUGAAGUCGUCUCUCGAACUACAGCUCUUUCCGACACAGUCACCGACUUGAAACGAUCUGAGCGGAAGCUCUUACUCGAGGUUGCAAAGUUUGAAAGCGAGCAGGCCAUCCGCACCAUUGUACAGAACAGGAUGAAUGCAUACAUUCACCGUUACGACGGCAACACGGACUUUAUUAAUAAGAUUGUUGGGGAGACGAGGGAUGUUCUCCAAGGCACGGGCUUUGUGGUUGUUAUCGCCAUUGGGGAGCCGAAGGUUAGUGGACCAGUUGUCAUUGUUGGUGAUCAAAUUGCCGUUGAUGCGAUGGCACAGAGGGUCAAGGUAGUUAUCAAGGAUAUCAAGGGCGGAGGUACAGGAGGUAAAUGGCAAGGCAAGGUCAAGGAGUGGACGAAUGCGCAACUUCUGGCGCUGAAAGAGGUCGUUGAGUCGUGA